AUGUAUUCCACAUCUGUGGAAGUGUUUUCUUCUGAUCGCACAUGGUCUAGAAAGGUCUCUUGCAUUAUUGCCGACAAAAUUACACCCAGUCUUCCACCAGUGGGAAUUGACAUGUCAAAACUCAGUUUGCCCACUCACAUUCAGCUUGCUGAUCCUGCUUUUCACCUUUCUCAGGGAAUCGAUCUUCUUUUGAGCGUUUCAGUCUAUGCUUCCAUAUUGACAUUCAGUCAAAUUCAAAUUUCAUCUGACUGCAUUUUGCAAGGCACCAAACUAGGUUGGGUGGUUUGGGGUGCUGUCUUGUCCACGCAUUCAUCUCAGAUAGAACCUUCUGUUCAUUCCAACUUCAUUUCUACUUGUGAGAUUUCCAAUCAGAUGGAAAAAUUUUGGAAGCUUGAAGAAGUUCUUCCUAAGGACAAUCUAACAGCUGAGCACGGAAAGAUUGAACAGCAUUAUCUUGCCAAUGUCGAGCGUGCCUCAGACGGCAGAUUUUCUGUGGCUCUUCCCAAAAAAGAGUCAUUUAACAAUCUAGGUCAAUCUCGUUUCCAAGCUCUUAACUGUUUCCAUUCACUGGAAAAAAGAUUGGCUGCUAAUCCUGAAUUGAAGGAGCAGUAUACGGCAUUCAUGGAUGAGUAUCAAUCAUUGGGACACAUGUCUCCAGUUCCACCCUCGCAACCAUUUGACAAAUGUUUCCACAUUCCGCAUCACCCAGUCUUCAAGCCUGAUUCUACAACUACCAAACUUCGAGUAGUAUUUGAUGCAUCGGCAAAAUCUAAUACUGGCGUUUCUCUCAACGAAGUACUGCAUAUAGGUUAUACAGUUCAACCUGAACUUUUUGACAUUGUUUUGCGAUUUCGUACACAUUGA